AUGACUCGGAACUCAUCCGAGUCAAAACGAGGUUAUUUUUGCCCCACAUCAUACGGCAAUCACUUGCCUACUCUCCCUCUCUCUCAAAUUAUUCUUCAAUCGAGGUUUCCAAUUAGUGCAUCUUCAAAAGGUGCGAUGAAGGAGAUUACUUGUGUUGAAAUAAUGGAGUCUAUAGUUGUUGGAUCCGAGAGGCGCCGGGGGAGAAAAAGGAAGAUAAAGGACGUAGAGAAUGUAACAGUGGAUGGUGACGGUAGGAGGAAAAUAGUGGAGACUAGGUCGAAAAGAAUACUUGGUAGAUAUGUAAUGAAAGAAUUUGAGGGCAGUGGGGUGUUUUUGGGAAAAGUCGCAUCUUAUGAUUCUGGUUUGUACAGGAUAGAUUACGAGGAUGGUGAUUGUGAGGAUUUAGAGAGUGGUGAAUUGAAGGUGCUUUUGGUUGAAGAUAGCAAAAUAAUUGGUGAAUGGUUGGAGAGGAAAAAGAAGUUGGAUGAGAUAUUGUUAAGUAAAGAUGUACAGGCAAAGAAUUCUAAAUUUAAAAAUGCGCCAGCAAAUGCUACUGUUGAUAAUAAGGUUGAAGUAUUGUUGUUAAGUGAGCCCACAAACGGUGGGGUUGGUGCUAUUGAAGUGGAGGAGGUCCAAGAAGAAGGCAAUACUUAUGCUGAUGGCGAUUCAUCAAGUGAUUCAUGUGAGGAUGCUCAGGAGCAGGAUGCUAGUCUGGAGGUGGAAGAACCAGUUGUUCCUCCACCAGAAUUGCCUCUAUCUUCUGGGCACAUUGGAGUCCCAGAGGAGUAUGUUUCACACCUUUUCUCUGUAUAUAGUGUUCUGCGUUCAUUUAGUGUCCCACUGUUUCUGUAUCCUUUUGGAUUGGAUGAUUUUGUGGGGGCGCUCAACUGCUCUGUUGCGAACACGUUGUUGGACUCUGUUCAUGUUGCUUUAAUGUCUGCCUUGAAGCGCCAUAUUGAAAGGCUCUCUUCUGAAGGUUCAGAGCUUGCAUCAAAGUGCUUGAGGUGCAUAGAUUGGAGUUUGCUUGAUUCGUUGACUUGGCCAGUUUACUUGGUCCACUAUUUAAUGGUUAUGAGGUAUACAGAUAGACCUGACUGGAAAGGAUUUUAUGCGCAUACCCUGGAGAGAGAUUAUUAUACUUUAUCUGUUGGGAGGAAGCUAUUGAUUUUGCAAAUUUUGUGUGAUGAUAUUCUGGAUUCUGAAGAGCUAAGAGUAGAAAUUGACAUGCGUGAAGAAUUAGAAGUGGGAAUAGACACUGAUACAGGGACAAUGGUUGCCCCUGCAGGUGGACCGAGAAGAGUUCAUCCGAGAUAUUCUAAAACUUCUGCCUGCAAGGACAAAGAUGCAAUACAAAUCAUUGCAGAGUGUCAUGAGAUAAAGCCGUCUCUUAAUUCUCAUUCUUUGGGGUCUGAAAUAAGUGGACCAGUUGAAAGCUCUGUUGUUGACCAAGAUGGUAAUGGGGAUGAAUGCCGUCUCUGUGGUAUGGAUGGAUUACUGCUUUGUUGUGAUGGUUGCCCGUCCUCUUACCAUUCAAGAUGUUUGGGACUCUGCAAAAUGUAUAUGCCUGAAGGACCAUGGUUUUGUCCUGAGUGUAAAAUAAAUGCUACAGGACUUAAAACUUUGAGAGGUACAGCUCUAAGGGCAGGAGAAAAUUUCGGUGUCGACUGUUAUGAACAAGUCUUUGUGGGUACUUGUGACCAUUUACUUGUGUUGAAGGCCUCGAUUAACUCACAAGGGAUUUUGCAGUAUUGGGAAAUGCCAGAGGACAUUUUACUGCGAAAUAGAACAUCUGAAACUGAUAUUCAGUUAGCAAACCAUAAAGAAAGUAGUGUGUGCGCUACCCACUUGGCUACCUCGGUGGACAAGCUAGUCCCUGAGAGUUUUGAAGUUGAGAACACUGGUAGCUGUGAAACUAUCAGUUCAGGGACCUUGGCUGUUUCAUCUCUUAAGAUCUCUUUUCAGGAUCCCAUGCGAAGUGGGAACUUUAUGGAUACAGAGUUUCCACCUGAUCAGCAGGGGAACAGUGUGACCACAAGAAAACAGUCCAAUUCUCUACUGAAACCCAGAAUGACUGAACCAGCUAUAUUUACUGGUUCGGUUGGCCAGGCAGCAGAUUGUUUUGAGUUAAGCCAACAAAGCACGUCAAGUAUAUCAGAAGUUGUUUCACACAGCAUUAUUAACUGCCGGGAGCCUGUCAGUGGUACCCUUAUCCACUCUAAAGUGUCCCUUCCUUGCGAAAAACUUAAAGACGGAGUUGAUACAAAAUCUUGUAGAAGUUCAUUAGAGAGCUUCUUAUACACGGGCUCAUCCUUCAAGAUGCAAGGAUACAUUAAUUAUUAUUUGCAUGGAGAAUUUGCUGCAUCCGCAGCUGCAAAUUUGGCCGUCCUUUCAUCUGAAGAAAGUCAGGUCCCUGAGUCUCGCUCUUUAGAUAACCACAAAAAAGUUAUGUCUGCCAGUGUUUCUCUUCAGGUAAAAGCAUUCUCAUCAGCAGCUAUGCGGUUCUUCUGGCCAAUUACAGAGAAGAAGCUUCUGGAAGUCCCAAGGGAAAGGUGUAGCUGGUGCUUUUGUUGUAAGGCUCAGGUGGCCAGCAAGAGAGGAUGUUUGUUAAAUGCAGCUGCUUCAAAUGCAACGAAAGGGGCUUUGAAAACCCUUACUGGACUGCGUUCUGUAAAGAAUGGGGAAGGGAGUCUUCCUGGAAUUUCAGCAUAUGUUUUGUUCAUGGAGGAGAGUUUAGGCGGUCUAAUAGUUGGUCCCUUCCUUAAUGAAACUUUCAGGAAGCGAUGGCGUAAACAGAUUGAACAAGCUACCAAUUGCAAUGCUGUAAAGAUCCUUAUGCUUGAACUUGAGGAGAACAUACGGACCAUUGCUCUUUCUGGAGAUUGGGUGAAGCUUGUUGAUGAUUGUUCAACUGAAUCUUCUGCAUCUCAGAGUGCAGCCAGUGCUACUGGAUCUACUCAGAAGCGUAGACCAGGGAGGCGUGGCAGGAAGCCAUCUGCUACGGCUGAAGUUGCUAUUGAUAGUCAGGACUUGUCGAGGGACUUCACUUGGUGGCGAGGAGGAACCCUAUCAAAGCAAAUAAUCCAGAGAGGGAUUCUCCCAUGUUCAAUGGUAAAAAAAGCAGCCCGGCAAGGUUGUUCCAAAAAGAUACCUGGUAUUCAUUAUGUCGAAGGAUAUGAGACUCCAAAAAGAAGCAGGCAGCUUGUCUGGCGGUCAGCAGUUGAGAUGUGUAGAAAUGCAGCACAGCUUGCACUUCAGGUCAGAUACCUUGAUUUUCAUGUGAGAUGGAGUGAUCUUGUUCGUCCGGAGCAGAUUCCCUUUGAUGGAAAAGGUCCAGAAACUGAAGCUUCUGCUUUUAGAAAUGCUUUUAUAUGUGGUAAGAAAAACAUGGAAAACGAAAUUAGAUACUGUGUUGCUUUUGGGAGUCAGAAGCAUCUGCCUUCUCGGGUGAUGAAAAGUAUAACAGAAAUAGAGCAAAGCCAUGAUGGAAAGGAAAGAUACUGGUUUUCUGAGACACAGAUUCCAUUAUAUCUAAUUAAAGAAUAUGAAGAAAGUGUGGAGAAGGACAAGCCUGUGGACGUGUUGUCCAAGUUGCAGAGGAAACAGUUAACGGGUUCCCGCAAAAAUAUAUUCUCUUAUCUGUUAUGGAAGCGAGAUAAUAUGGACAAUUUUUACUGUUCUUCAUGUCAUCAGAAUGUCUUGUUUAGGAAUGCUGUAAAGUGCAGUGCAUGCGAAGGUCUCUGUCACCAGCAAUGUGUUACUAGUUCAACAAUUCACGUGAACGAGGAAGUGGAGUUUUUGAUAAAUUGCAAGCAAUGCUACCAGACUCGGGCUUUAACUCGAACUGAAACCUGUAAUGUGUCCCCCAGAAGUCCUUUACUCCUUCAAGGACGAGACAUUCUGAACACAGCUACUGCUAAUAAACAUGGAAAGCAAGCAGUCUAUAAUGGGUUAUCAGCAUCAAUUGGAACUGCGCAGCGUGUUCCUGAGGUGAAAUCAAUUGAUUCUUCUGUAUCUGUAAACAAAGGAAAAAAAUUAUCCUGGGGCCUGAUAUGGAGGAAGAAGAACUGUGAAGACAAUGGAAUUGAUUUCAGAUUGAAGAACAUUCUUCUGAAAGGCAAUCCACAUAUGGACUUGGCAAGACCUGAUUGCCGUCUUUGUAAUCAGCCAUAUAAGUCUGAUCUAAUGUACAUCCGCUGCGAAACAUGCCAACAUUGGUUUCAUGCUGAUUCUGUUGAAUUGGACGAGUCCAAGAUUUUUGAGGUUGUUGGAUUCAAAUGCUGCAAGUGCCGUAGGCUCAGAUCACCCGUAUGCCCAUACUUACCUCCAGAAAAGAAGGCAGCAUUGGAGAAGAAGAUGAUGAAGAAGGUUCCAAAGCAGGAAAUGUCGAGAAUGGACUCCGAUUCCAGUGUAAUCCCUGCACAAGCUAGAGAGGAAGCUGUGCAUGUGCCAUUAGAUGAUCCUCUCCUCGUUUCUCUUUCUGGAGUCGAGCAACUUACUGAGGACAAGUUGAAAAUGGAUCGUGGAUGGAUUAAUGCUACUGUAUCUGAGCCUGGACCUCGGAAACUGCCAGUCAGAAGGCAUAUCAAGCAGGAAAAUGAUGCUAAUUGUUCCUUGCCAACUGAUAGCUUAACUUCUCCUCUAGAAGUAAAUGUCUUCAACUCAACUGAAAAGUUGCCUGUUCGGAGACACAUAGCACGGGAAAACAAUGUAAAUUGUUCUUCCGCAACCUAUUCUUUUCAGGUUCAACCAUCAACUCCUUUUGAGGCAAAUACCGUGAGCUCCGUGGAAGAUUCAUUUUCCCCUCUUGUUGAAUGGGAUGUUUCCAAUGGGGGAUUUGACGAUGCUAUAACACUGGAUUAUGAUUGUCUAGGUUUUGAUGAUACGGAGUUUGAACCUCAGACCUAUUUCUCUUUUAAUGAAUUGCUUGAGUCUGAAGAUGCUGGUGGUUCAAAUGGUGCUGAAUUACCCGAAAUCCCAAUAGAAAACUGGGAAAAUUCAUCUGCAUUCCCACAGAAUGAAGUUCUCGAGAUAUCUUAUGAUAACGAAGAACCUAUGAUAUCUGUCGAAACUGAUCUUCGUAUUCCUUGUAAGAUUUGUUCCCACAGCGAACCUUUCCCAGACCUUUCUUGUCAAAUAUGUGGUGUAUGCAUUCAUAGCCAUUGUUCUCCAUGGGACAAGCAGUUGCCUCAGGAGGACGGCUGGAGGUGUGGCAAUUGUCGGGAGUGGAGAUAG